AUGGGCGACCGACUGACUCAGCUCCAAGAUGCUGUAGACCAGCUUGCCCAGCAGUUCGUCGCAGCCCUUCACUUCGUCCACAAGCGCCACCAGCUCGAGACCCUGGGACCAAACGACAAGGUCCGCGAUGUCAAGCAGGAACCCGAACAACGAGAAGUCGACCCGUUACCCAGCGACGAAUUCCGAGCAGGAAUGAUAGAACUGUCGCGCGACAUUAUCACCAAGGAACAGCAGAUCGAGUACCUCAUUUCCAUGCUUCCCGGCCUCCAGAAUAGCGAACAGGACCAGGAGCGUCUGAUUAAGGAGCUCGACGACGAUCUCAAGGCCGCCGAGAGUCAGAGGCAGGAGGCCCUCAGGGAGAGGGAUCAAAUUCUGGCUGAGCUGGAUACCGUCAUUCGCAGUAUACGGAGGCCGUGA